GGCAUGUGGGCAGUGGGGCUGCGGGUCCUGAUGGCAGCCUGGCUCUGCGGGGCCAAGAGCCUGACUGAGCCCAGCAACAUGUCCUACGUCAAGGAGACGGUGGACCGGCUCCUCAAGGGCUACGACAUUCGCCUCCGGCCGGAUUUUGGAGGCUCUCCGGUCGACGUGGGGAUGAGGAUCGAGAUCGCCAGCAUUGACAUGGUGUCCGAAGUCAACAUGGAUUACACACUCACUAUGUAUUUCCAACAGUCUUGGAGGGAUAAAAGACUAUCGUACUCUGGAAUACCUUUGAAUCUCACUCUAGAUAACAGAGUUGCUGACAAUCUCUGGGUACCAGAUACAUACUUCCUGAAUGAUAAAAAAUCUUUUGUUCAUGGAGUUACUGUGAAAAAUCGAAUGAUUCGGCUACAUCCAGAUGGAACAGUUCUUUAUGGUUUGCGGAUCACAACUACAGCAGCCUGCAUGAUGGAUUUACGUAGGUACCCUCUGGAUGAACAGAACUGCACACUGGAAAUUGAAAGCUAUGGGUACACAACAGAUGAUAUUGAAUUCUACUGGAAUGGAGGUGAAUCUGCUGUGAGUGGAGUUAGUAAGAUUGAGCUCCCUCAGUUCUCAAUUAUCGAUUACAGGAUGAUUUCAAAAAGAGUUGAGUUUGCAACAGGUGCAUACCCUCGACUAUCACUGAGUUUUCGACUUAAGAGAAAUAUCGGCUAUUUCAUUUUGCAAACCUAUAUGCCUUCUACUCUGAUUACAAUUCUAUCCUGGGUAUCAUUUUGGAUAAACUAUGAUGCAUCUGCUGCACGAGUUGCACUAGGAAUCACCACUGUGUUGACAAUGACCACCAUCAGCACUCACCUCAGGGAGACACUGCCAAAGAUCCCCUAUGUGAAGGCAAUUGAUAUCUACCUAAUGGGAUGCUUUGUGUUUGUGUUCCUUGCCUUGCUGGAGUAUGCUUUUGUAAAUUACACAUUCUUUGGUAAAGGCCCUCAACAUCAGAAGAAGGCAGCUGAAAAGGCAACUACAGAGAAGAAGAAACUGGAAAUGAAUAAAGUUCAGAUCUGCUUUCAGAGAGCGACGACGUUGAAGACGUAAGUGCUAUUCUUCGGUUAAUUUUAAGAUUAUUUCUGGUAAUCUUUCCUUUCUUUUUUCUUAACAUUUAAACUUAGAAGUUAUUUGUUCCCCUUUUUCAUGAAGUUUAUUGGUAUUUCACUGCAUUAUGAAAAAUAUGAAGUUGAACAGACUCCAGUUAUUCCCCAAUAUAUGACAGCUGCAAUUCUAUGCACAUUUACUGGAAGUGAGUCCCAUUGAUAAGAGUAGAACCUACUUCUGUGUAGACAUACAUAGGAUUGUGCUGGAAUCUUUAUGGUAAAUGAUCUUUCAGCACAAGAGAUGAUUUUACAGUCCGAAAAAAGUAUGGAAGCUUAUAUGGAGACUUUUGAUAGGGCAAAGUUAGGGCUUCAGUGUCUAAUCAUAGAUUUUAAAACAUUUUUAGAAAUUAAAAGGGUACCCCUGAUGAAUCCAAUAGCCUGUGUUUUAAAAAAUGUGGAUGAUUUUAUGUACAUGUCCUUGCAAGAAUUCCAAAUGAUAGAAAGCAUGUACAAAGAAGCUUAACCUUCUUUCACAUAUAGAAGCGAAUGCCUCUCCCCAAUGGUGCCUAGUGCAAUGUGCACAUUAAUAUCAAAAAACAAAAUAUGCUUUCACUUUUCUUUAAAAAUGCUGCUUUGCUUGUAAGAAAAUGUGUGCUGGUUUAAUCAAUAACGUAUUAAAACCCCAUGUAGUUUGAGCAGCCAAGAUUUCUGUAAGCAGGCGAAAUCUAGACAGAACAAAUUACAUUAUAUGCACAUUCUUAAAACAGGAGCCACUAGCUGGUUUAUUGUAGAAGUGAAAAUGGAACUGAGACAAAAAGCAGAGGUCUCCCAGAGAAAAAGAAAAGGGGCUUUAGCACUCAGUAGCUAGCAGCCAUAGAAGGGCUGUUUGGAAUCAUGAACAUAGCAGGAUUGGAUAUUAAACCCUUCUUCCUGCAGUUCUGAUCUAGACAUUUUUCCCUAUUUGCCUUUAGAGACGGGUGGAGUUCCAUUUUUUAUUAAUGAGAGCUUCUUACAGAAAUAGCAGAUAUCUGGGGAGGGGAGCAAAUUGCAUCAAGACCAUAAUGGGAAUCCUAGUCAGACUCUUCCCUCACUUAUGAACUGUUGUUUCAUAAGAAGAAGAAGGAAGAGGAAACAUGCAUGAGCACAUCAUGUGAUAUCAUAUCUGCUUUAACCUUUGCGGGCUAGAUAUGCUCACACAGAGGGAUGAAUUGUGACAUCAGGGACGUAGCCAGGAUUUUGGGAAGGAGGGGUCCAGACAGAGUGCCACUAUUAUAAUGGAGCAUGGGCGCAGCAGUGCGGUGGCACACAGCAUUCAUUGUAUCUAUCAGAAGGGGAUCCUGAUCCCCUGGACCCCCCCCCCCCUUGGCUACACCCCUGGUGAUGUCUCUGACAUAAUACCAGAGGAAUGGAAUACCUCUGGCGUUAUAGCUUCCAUAACAAUUUCCAUAGCCUGGGCUUGGAGCAAUCCAGGAUACAUAAAGGGGAACAUAUAGAGAAUACACUGACAUUGAUUCACCUCCCACAGUUUUGGAUCUACUUCCACUGUAGCUGUGCAAAGCCUUCCUAGAAUUUGGAAGACAGGGAAUCAGUUUAAUUAGGACAAUGAGGUGUGGCCAGAGACCAAAAGAUGUGAGUUACAUUAAUGGUGUAGUGCAUAUUUAUUAACUUCAGUUAUAAUAACAAAAAAUAUAAUAACAAAAAAAUCAAUCUGUAUGUAGUGAGGUUGUGUCCAUUAGAGGGGCAUUACUUGAUCCAUGAUUAUGGUAUUUCGAUGACAGGACAAAAACUAUAAAAUUAUAAUACCAAGGUGGCAUUCCCCCAGUGAAAUCUUGCAUACAGAUGCAUUGUUCUGUAUGAUGCUCUCAUGGUUUUAGAGACAACGGUGCCUCAUUGUAACCUCUUCUAUCAUUAUCUCCUGGCAAUAAGUAUUUUGCUUCACUAAAGUCCUCUUUAUAGGUGGCAUAGUUACAGGUAGGCUCAGACAGCAUCUGUUCCCCUUCCUUGCUAGGAAACUAUUAGGUUUUAGGGUUUUCUCUUAGCUUCACCAAGACAAUAAUCUAAAGAAACUUGAUGUAUUCCCAUUCCUGAUGGUAAACAGGUAUAAUUCAGAUCAAUAUCUUUGUAGAAGCCAUUUGUGUCCUAUGCCAAGCCCUUGGGCAAGGGCUGAAUGGAAAUACUGAGGUUUUUUGCAAAGAAAGUUUACAUAACAAGUAGGUAAAAAGACCCGACAUUUCCAUAUACUGCACUAAGGUCAGCUGGUUAUAAACCCUUUAACAAAAAUGAUUAAAACAGGAUAUGUUAACACAUUAACCAUCAUCUACACCAUUAGUGUGUGAUAGCAAAUUCAUCUGCAUACAACAGAAACAUGAAUAUAUCAUUAUGUAGAAUCCGUGCAAACAUAUACAUAUAUAUGCAUAUACAUCAACACACAACAAAAUGUUCACAGCUUUUUUAGGUGGAACUGGACACAUAAAUGUACACACAAAAUGAUACAUGCAUGUGCAACUUUUCACACCUAACAUGUUAUAUGCAGUGGGAUACAAUGAUUCACCAGAUCCAAAAAAAUUAUCAGUUUACUGAAUGCAAGACCCAGUUCUGGUCAGUGAUUAGGCAUCAGUUUCACUUUGUCUCAGAGUACUGUCUUAUAUUGAAAGUUAGCAUUUAUCAAAUUCAGUAAUUGAAAACUAAGAUGCUAACAGUAUAAGGUCAAUACUAUGUGCUUGUCCUUCCAUCCUUAGAAUAAUCUCUAUCUUUUUCUCUUAGUUUGCAAAAGUACAGUAUCUAAGCAACUGCAAAUGAACAUAUUAGCUCAAAUUACUUCACGGAAUAUCAUUUGUAGGGCUGAAACAGAAGAAUGCAUACACACAAAUUUUCAAGUUUUAAUUUCAUAAUUUCAUUAAAAAUUAAUAUUAUAAUCCCUUACAUAUGAAAAUUAUCCUCUCAGAAAUGCUGAUUAUACAGUGGGCCCUUGCAAUCCACUGGAGUUUCGUGCCAGGCCCCCUUUGUGGAUAUCAAAAUCCGGGGAUACUAUUAAAUAUAAUAGCAUAGUAAAAU